UUCUUCCGGGUUGUGAUCAUGGCGUGUUGCUGAACAACAUGUGAGUUUUACCGGAGAUUUAACACAUCUGAAACAACAUCAAACAUGGCAUCAGUGGAGGAGGACUUCCCUCGAGGAGGGUCAGCAAAGAAGCCCACAGAGAGUAAAAUAGUGGUGCAGCGGUCAGAGGUGGACAACUUGUUCCAGUCAAACGAACAAGUAGAAACCAAGAAAAGAAAGGGGGCACCUAAAGAUGACAGCAAGAAGCUCAAGAAACCAAACACAGGCAAAGGAGAUGGUCUGACGCUAAAUGCAGCGGCCAAGUGUGUGGAAAUCCUACAUCUCAAGAAUGUGAAGGAAGGUAUGUUGAUGCUGGGCUGCGUCAAGGAGGUCUUUGACUUUGAGGUGACGGUCAGCCUGCCCUGUGGUAUGCAGGGCUUCCUCAGCAUCAAGAACAUCUGUGAGGCGUACACUAAGCUGCUCGGCAAGCAAUUGGAUUCAGCUGAUGCAGAGGAAAUCUGCUCUCUGCCUCACCUCUUCUACCCUGGCAUGGUGAUCAGGUGUGUGGUUGUCAAGCUGGAUGUGACUAAAAGUGGCUCUCUUAGCAUCCAGCUGUCAGUCAACCCAAAGGUGGUCAACAAGGCUCUGACCUCAAGCUCUCUGAAAGCUGGCAUGGUCUUGAGUGGGUGUGUGGAGAGCGUGGAGGAUCAUGGCUACAUAGUCGACAUUGGCAUCAGUGGAACCAAAGCCUUCCUGCCUGAGAAAGCAGUAAAAGACAAACCCAGCAGCCAGGACGAUCUGAAAGUGGGUCAGUACGUGACAUAUCAAGUGGAAGAAGUAAAGAAUGACGGGCGUGUGGUCCGCCUUUCUGUCAGCCCCCCAACCGUCGCCCAGGCUUGUGCCGAACCCGAGCAGGGCUGGAACCUCACAAACCUCCUGCCUGGACUUCAGGUCAAAGCUACGAUCAAAAAGGUGACCAAACACGGUCUGAUCCUGGACUUCCUGUCCUCCUUCAGUGGCCAGGUGGACUUUCUCCACAUGCAGCCAGAAAAGACAUCCAGCUACACAGAGGGAACUGAGGUGCGGUCUUGUGUUCUGUACGUGGAUCCGUCCACCCGUGUGGUUGGCCUGAGCCUGCGCAGCUACCUUCUUCAGCCCGGGACCAGAGUUGACACCUUUCCUGCUGGAGGUGAUCGCAUUGGUGAGGUGGUGAAGGACUGCAAGAUGACCACAAUGCACCACAUGUCUGGAGCCAUGUUGGAACUGCCAGACAAAACGUUGGCCUUUGUACACAGGAACCACCUGAAGGAGUCGAAAGAGCCCGCUAAUGAAAACAGAGUGCUGGCCAUGCCUGAGCACACCUGCAGGAUCCUGGACUUCAGCGCCAUGGACCAAAUUCAUUUCGUUAGUCUGCGAAAGAGUAUGAUUGACAAGCCUUUUUACAGAUACCAUGAUCUUCAGGCUGGUCAGGUCGUAGAGGGGACAGUGUCAGUUCUGCUGAAUCACGGCAUGGUGGUGCAUCUGUCUGACCACAUUAAAGGCCUGGUGCCCCGGACACACCUGUCUGACAUCCUCCUGAAGAACCCGGAGAAGAAGUACAUGGAGGGCAUGAAGAUCAAAUGUCGGGUGCUGUCAGUAAAUGCAGAGAAUAAGAAGCUGUACCUGACCAGGAAGAAGGCCCUGGUCGAAAGCACCCUGCCAUUGUUCCUUAGCUAUGCCGAUGCCCGCCCUGGCCGAGUGUCCCACGGCUAUAUCGUCUGCAUCAAAGACUUUGGCUGCAUCGUUCGUUUCUACAACAACACAAAGGGUCUGGUGCCGCUCAACGAGCUCAGCUCUGAGCCCAUCAUCAGUCCUGAGGAGGUCUUCUAUGUGGGGCAGGUGUUGAAGGCUAAAGUUCUCCAGUGCGACCCCGAUAAGGCGAAGAUGUUGCUGUCGUUUAAGGCUGCGGUGGAGGGAGACACGGAGAAAGCUGCCACCCCCCAGUUUGACUGUGAGGUGGGGAAGCGGCUGGAGGCCAAGGUGCUAAAAAAGUCAAUCACCGGUCUGGAGGUGGCUAUCCUCCCCGAUGAGGUUCGUGCCGUUCUACCCACAGUGCACCUCUCUGAUCACAUUUCCAACUGCCCUCUGCUGUGGGAGAGCCUGCAGGAGGGAGACAGCAUCUCAAACGUCAUCUGCUUCAACAAGAACAAACAGAAUAUUACUCUCACCAAGAAGCCAACAGUGAGGUGGUCACUGGAGGAAGGAGUGGUUGCUAAGGACUUCUCUGAAGUCACAGUUGGAAUGCAGCUGAUUGGCUGGAUCAAGAACAUCAUGGCUUAUGGCGUCUUUGUAGAGUUCCCAUAUGGCCUUGUUGGUCUUGCACCCAAGUCGGCCAUGACUGACAAGUUCAUCAGAGAUACAACGGCUGUCUUCCAGCCAGGGCAGACGGUGUUUGCUAAGGUGACCAACCUGGAUGUGGAGAAACGGCGUUUCCUGGUCACACUGAAGAUUUCAGAGGUCAUAUCUCCAGAGGGUGAUGCUCAGACUAGGCUCAUCAACGGUCUGCAGGAGAGAAAAGCUGUGACUGAAAUGUUUGCAGUGAGAGAGGACAGUGAUCUUCGCCAGCAGCUGGCUGCCCUGUGUGUUGGCCAGAAGCUGAAGCUCACUGUAGAUACCGUGAAAGACAGCGGUGCCACCUUUAAGUCUGAUGAUUUGGCCGGUGCUACCAUACAGGCUACCAAGCACCAUGUCAUGGGUGUUAACUUGACCUCAGGACAGAAAGUUACUGCGGUCGUCCUCUGUGUUGACAUCAUGUCAUCUUGUGUCCAUGUGUCCAUCCUGUCCAAGCUGGUGGCGAAGAAGAAAUCUUUAGUUGAAGGAUCAAAGUACACAGCCAUGGUGCAACACGUUGACAGAGACUUUGCCGUCAUCUCAUUGGAUGACACGGCGCAGUUGACCAUGAUCCAAACCAGCAGCCACCUGAACGAGGUGUUCCUGUCCGACUCAGAGAGGCUGAAGGGGGGGAUGACUUUGGCUGUGGAGGUUAUAGAACCCAGCUGUGAGGAGCUGCAGGGGCUCCCCCUAGUGUCGUGGGAGCGCAGCGCACCAAAACGGCAGCGCACCACCUCGGAAAACCAGACGAGCUCCAAGGGUCAGCCCUUUGGGGAAAUCGUGCGGGGCAAAGUGCGGUCGGUGAAGCCCACCUCCAUUCAGGUGACACUAGAGGACGGGAGCACGGGCAGCGUGCACGUGUCUGAGGUGAUGGAGGUUGCAGAUGUGUUACAGGGAGCCUUCCCCACAUUCUCGGUUAAAGUGGGCAGCACGGUUACUGCCAGGGUCAUCGGAGGACGAGAAGCCAGCAGUCACAGGUUCCUGCCCUUCUCCCAUCCCAAAUUUACAUACAGCAUUCCUGAGCUCACACUUAUACCCAGCAAACUGGAUAAGAGCACAGAUUUCAAAGCAGUUUCAGCAAAAGAAAAACUAAACAGCUAUAAAGUCGGGGAGGAAAUUACAUGCUUUGUAUCAAAGUUUAACCCACAGAGGAAGUCUUUGGAGGUCACCACUGAUCCUUCCAUUACUGGGACAGUUGAACUGCUGGCCAUGAUCAGCGAUCCAAAAGACGCCAGCCACCCAGAGAAGCUGUACAAGCUGGGACAAGCCGUUCGUGCCAAAGUGGUAGAAGUAAACUCCAAACCUCAACGCUUAAUUCUGUCACUCACAGGUGUCCAUAAACUGGAGAAAGGCAGUGUUACUUUGGGGAUGGUGACUAAUAUUCUGCCCCAAGUUGGCCUCCUGGUCAAACUUCCUUUCGGUAGCACAGGGUCUGUUGCUGUCACUGACCUGGCUGAUGCCUACAAGCCAAAGCCCCUUGAUGGGUACAGCAAAGAGCAGCUGCUCAGGUGUUUCGUUCUUGGGGAUGAAAAUGGCAAGUGGCAGUUGUCUCUUCGUCCAUCAAGGCUGAACCCACAGCAGACCAAACCUGUGAAAGACCUAGAAGUUUCGUCUAUAGACAAACUGAAGGCAGGCCAGAUCAUCAGAGGCUACGUCAAGUCUGUGGGAGAGCAGGGAGUCUUCGUCAGGUUGUCAAGUAGCAUCACAGGAAGAGCUCAACUUCAAGAGUCAACCAAGUACUUUGUUGGUAACCACAAGGUCCUCUCUGAGCACCUGACCCCCAACACCCUGCUCACCACCAAGAUCCUCAGUAUUGACAAAGAGGAGGAGCUGGUCAACCUCUCUCUGCUCCCGGUGGACACUGGGAAGCCAGACGUCCUUCCAGAGUCUCUCGGCCUGCCGCUGCGUCUGAUCGGAGAGGAGAAGAAGGACUACGACACUAAGAGGAAACGCACACUGUCUGAGAGCAAACAGAAACAGGCAGAGUCCCAGGUCCCAAAGAAGAAGAAGAAGACAAAGAAAGUGAAGAGUGAUGGCAAUGACAGCGGCGUGGAGGUGUUCUUCAGAGAAGAGGAGGAUAAGGAAGAUGAAGACAAACCCACGUCUGAUUCUGUAAAAGUGACGCACAGCUCAGCAGGUCCAUCCAGACUGCAGGUGGCAGCAGGUUUCUCCUGGGAUGUGGGACUGAGCUCCCUGAAGCCUGCCUCUGCAGUGGAGGAGGGCGACUCCAGUGAUGGAGAGGACCAAGAGGGAAGCAGCAAGCCCCAGAAGAAGUCUCGUCAUGAGGUCGAGCAGGAGAAGAAGGCAGCGGAGAAGGCCCUGGUGCAGCGGGAGACUGAGCUGAUGGAUCCGAGCCUGCGGCCCCAGGACGCAGCCGCCUUCGAGCGCCUGCUUCUCGCUUCGCCCAACAGCUCACUGCUCUGGCUCCAGUACAUGGCUCACCAUCUGCAGGCCACACAGAUCGAGCAGGCCCGCGCUGUGGCCGAGAGGGCCCUCAAAACCAUCUCCUUCAGGGAAGAGCAGGAGAAGCUGAAUGUGUGGGUGGCCCUGCUGAACCUGGAGAACAUGUACGGCACAGAGGAGAGCCUGAAGAAAGUGUUUGAGCGGGCGCUGCAGUUCUGUGAGCCCAUGCCUGUGUACCAGCAGCUGGCUGACAUCUACGCAAAGUCUGACAAGAUCAAGGAGGCGGAGGGCCUGUAUAAGACGAUGGUGAAGCGUUUCCGUCAGAAUAAGGCAGUGUGGCUGAGCUACGGGACCUUCCUGCUCCAGCAGGGUCAGAGUGACGCUGCCAGUGUUCUUCUGCAGAGGGCGCUGAAGAGUCUGCCCUCCAAAGAAAGCGUGGAUGUGAUCGCCAAGUACGCUCAGCUGGAGUUCCGUUAUGGUGAUUCAGAGAAAGGUCGCGCCAUGUUAGACAAAGUGCUGACGAGCUACCCGAAACGUACAGACCUGUGGUCCGUCUUCAUCGACCUCAUGGUCAAACACGGAUCGCAGAAGGAAGUCAGGGCGCUCUUUGAUCGUGUGAUCCACCUGAGUGUGUCAGUGAAAAAGAUCAAGUUCUUCUUCAAGCGCUACCUGGAGUACGAGAAGAAGCACGGCACCCCGCAGAGCAUCCAGGCAGUCAAAGAGAAGGCCAUGGAGUUUGUGGAAGCUAAAGGCACCAAGGCUGCCAACUAAUGACCAAAUACACACGAUAAUACACAUAUUGUGUGUGUGUGUGGACUGCAGUGUGCUGAACCUGGUCUGAGCCUCACAUCUGUUCAGGAACAAGUUUGUAAUUAAGCUUUGUCAUUGCCGUGGACUGGGGACCUCUGAACCUGAAAGUCAAACCUUUGUAAAGUAGGUUGUAGCCAUUUAUAAA